GGCGGGCUCCGGCGGCGGCCAGGCCUGAGCGGCCCGCCACCCGGGACGCGCCGAGGCGGCGCCUCCAUUUGCUUCCGAGCCCAGCCGUGCUUUUCUGGAUGAUCAGGAGACGAGGUCUGGACUGGCCAGAAAAGGAGUCGUCGGGCCCCUGCAGAGACCCGGCCUCGACGGGGACACCCGGGAGACUCGGCUGGAAGGAUGAGGAGCUGCUGCCGUGGACUUCCGCCGCAGCAGGAGGGAUCUGAGUUAGACGCUAGGAAGGAGUCCCAGGCUGUGAGCUCAAUUUGUAAAGGUCUUAAGAGCAAGGAAGGUGACUUUGGCUCCAAAGCCUCAAGGUAGUGGCCUGCUUGACACAUCUAUGUCAGGUCCUCUCCAAGAGGACCUGGCCAACAAAGGGUCGUCUUCUGCUGCUGACCCCCAUCAAAUCCCAUCAUGCCCACAGCCCUGUGCCCCCGAGUCUUGGCUCCGAAAGAAAGUGAGGAGCCCCGGAAAAUGAGGAGCCCACCUGGAGAGAACACUAGCCCCCAGGGGGAGCUUCCCAGCCCUGAGUCUUCCCGACGCCUUUUCCGCCGUUUCCGCUACCAGGAGGCAGCAGGACCCCGGGAAGCCCUGCACCGCCUCUGGGACCUGUGCAGGGGCUGGCUACGGCCCGAGAGGCACACCAAGGAGCAGAUCCUUGAGCUGCUGGUGCUGGAGCAAUUUCUCGCCAUCCUGCCCCGGGAGAUUCAGAGCUGGGUGCGGGCCCAGGAGCCAGAGAGUGGUGAGCAGGCUGUGGCUGCCGUGGAGACGCUGGAACGGGAGCCAGGGAGACCCUGGCAGUGGCUCAAGCACUGUGAAGACCCCGUGGUGAUUGAUGAUGGGGACAGCACUCUGGACCAGGAGCAGGAGCAGUUGCCAGAGGAGUCUCAGAGUGAUCUUGCAAAGAGCCAGGAUGCCCAGUCCAUGGCCCUGGCACAGGGCUUGGGGCUCCCAAGCAGACCACCAGGCCAACUCAAUGGAGACCCAGUUCUGCAAGAUGCUUUCCUUCUGCAGGAAGAGACUGUGAGGGAUGCACAGCAGGUGGCCACUCUCCAGCUGCCCCCGGUGAGUGAAAAUCCCAUGUUUACCUUUCUGUUAGCUACAGGGCAGUUUUCCCAGAACCCAGCCAGCUUGCUGACUACUGCGCAGGAUGGGUUCUACCAACCUUGGGGUAUGGAGGAGAUCUGUAGAUGAAGUCUCAGGCCUAAUGACCCAGUUACCCAGCCGGAUCUCUCCCUGGGAGAGGAGAAUGAGCCACGGGUUCCAGAGUUGCAGGACCUCCAGGGGAAAGAAGCGCCCCAGGUCUCCUACUUGGACUUUCCAAGUUCCCAGCCCUUCCAGGUGGAAGAAAAAAGGAGACGGGAUGAGCCACAGGUGCCAGAAUUCCAGGCCUGCCAGCAGACGGCGCUAGCGCAAAGCACUUGCCCAGCCGGAGGUGACCCACCAUCCCUAGAGCGCAGCCUCAAUGAGGAAGUGACCAUCGAGAUUGUCCUGUCUAGCUCUGGUGACGAGGACUCCCAGCACGGCCCCUACUGCACAGAAGAGCCAGGGAGUCCUGCGGAAACACAGCGCAGCCUCCGCGCCUCCCACCGGAGUAGUGCUGAGGCGGGGGGCGACGGGCAGACCUCCAAAAAGUCCUACGUGUGCCCGAACUGUGGGAAGAUCUUUCGUUGGAGAGUCAACUUCAUCCGGCACCUGCGGAGCCGCAGGGAACGAGAGAAGCCGCACGAGUGCUCGGUGUGCGGAGAGAUGUUUAGUGACAGCGAGGACCUGGACGGUCACCUGGAGACCCACGAGGCUCAGAAGCCUUACCGGUGCGGCGCCUGUGGGAAGAGCUUCCGCCUCAACUCCCACCUGCUCUCGCACCGGCGCAUACACCUGCAGCCGGACAGACCCGAGCAGGGAGCAUCGGAGGACGCUGGCGAGGAGCCCGGGGACACGCAGGAAAAGAGCGAGUCUGAGCUGGGCUACCAGUGCUGUGACUGCGGGAAGGGAUUCCAGAGGCACGACCAGCUGGUGCGGCACCGCAGCCACUUCCACCCAAAGGACAAAGCCCGGCCCUUUCAAUGCCGGUACUGCGUCAAGAGCUUCAAGCAGAACUACGACCUCCUCCGCCAUGAGCGCCUGCACAUGAAACGCCGGUCCAAACAGGCUCUGAACUCCUACUGAGUCCGCCCCAUGCGGCCCCUGCGGGCAGGUGCUCCCCUCACAGUGGGACUGAUCGCCCUCCCGCCCCACCCAGGACGCACCUUGCCCAAGAUAGAGAGCAGACAGCUCCUCCUGCCUUUUGCUCUCAGGUAGCGUCCGACUUUUGUGUGGUGCCAUGGUGGUCCCACCCCUCCCCCCAGAUAAUGAGGUAGUGGCCAACUGAGUGUUUGUUUCUGCUGUGCCAAAAGAACAGGGAGGAUGUGUCACCACCAGCUUCAACAUGCCAGGGGUGUCUGUGUCUGACAAGAUCCCCACCCAGUGCUCUCAAAGUUGGUAGAGGGACUUGGCUGCCCCAGUCACGGCAAACCCUUGGUUACCAACCAACCCGCAAUGUGCUCUUUCUCACCCUGCCCUGUGUAAACACUACCACCAGAUUCCGAAGUUUGAGGGUGGCUGUGCCUCCUAUCUGACAGCUGCCAAAGGGUGACGAGGGGGAGGAAGGCAGAAAGGCGGGGCAGGACUUGGAGGCACAGUGGGGCACUAUGCCACCACAGCAAACCAUGUCAUGCCACCAGAGGUCUGAGCCCCAGGUCCAUGACUGCCACACUGGCAGGCAUGGAGUGCUGCAGAGACCUCAGGGUUAUCAGGUGGUUCUUUGGGGCCUGGAAUCCGUGGCAUGGAAAAGCUCAUCACACCUUUUGAUUUGUCUUGGCAGCUGGUUGUUAAGAUCAGGAGCUCAUCCAAGGCAAAGCUUGCAUUUGAAGCUGUGUUGCACACCCUCCCCAGAAUGUCUUUUCUUUGUACCCUGAAGGUCCUUGGUAAAUGUUUGUGAGAUGGAAGCUGAGUUGUCAUCAUUUACAAGGCACUUAAAUCCCUCCUCCUUCUGUCCAGUCUGGGAUAUGGAGCUCAGCCCCUAAUGAAGGGUUCUGUCUGGGUGAGCCAAGCCCUGGCACAGAAUCUUCCAUGACUUCCUACUCCACAGGUACUUGGAGGCCAGUUGUAUUAGUUUCCACAGGGCUGUUGUAACGAAGCACACACAUCAAACACUGGGCACUGUAUUGUCUCACUGUUUUGAAGUCUGCAAGUCCUCGGUGUCGGUGGAGUUUGUUUCUUCUGAGGGCCCUGGGUAGAAUCCACUCCAUGCCUGUCCGAGCUUCUGGUGCUUUGUUUGGCAAUUGUUGGUGUUCUUUGGCGUGUAAAAGCAUUACCCAACCUCUGCCUUCAUUGUUACAUGGUGCUUUUGCUGUGGAGUAUCUGUCUCUGAAUUUCCCUUUUGUCAUACUGAGUUAAGGACCACCCUACCUACUCCAGUAUAACUCAUCUACACCUCCAAUGGCUAUUUCCAAAUAAAGUCCCAUUCUGAAGUACUAGGGGUCAGGACUUCAACAUUGGAAUUUUAGGGGGAUAUAGUUCAACCCACAACUCUAGGUAAUCCUUGAAGGUGCUAUCAUGACUGAUUCACAUGAUCCCAUUGAAGGGUUUGGCUCCAAGCAUCCUCCCUCAGGGCUGUGUCCUCUGUGUGGAAGAAUCUUAAGUCUUUAAAGUUCAGAGCCUGAGGGUCUACACUGUGAGAGUCCAUUAGUAGUGAAACCUCCGCAGUCAAAAUAAUGAUCUUAUGGUCCCUGGAAGACUGGUUAUGUCAGCUGGGGCAUGUAACAAAGCAGUGGUUGAAUGUGAAAGCCUCAGCUAGGGAGGUGUUUUGUAUUAUCUGUGUAUGAGAUGCCACAGUGGAUAGUAAGCCUGGGCAAAUGAAUGCAAGGUGCCUGUUCCUCUUUGUCAGCCACAUAAUCUUCACAUCAAGAAGCCUCUGCCCAAAACCCAGUAUGAAAGUUAAAAGAUUUUUCUAACUACAAUUACUGUUUCUGUGUAGAUUCAUCUACAUACCCAGGAACAGUAAAUGCAAUAAAAUCAUUUGGCCAUACA